AUGUGGAAAGCAGAAACGUCGAUUUCAGGAACGUUGAGUACUCCACCUAAUAUUUCAUCGUUGGUCAUUGUUGGGUUUGAUAGUUGGAAGAGGGUUAACCAAGGAAGUAAAUGUGCAUUUCUUAUUCAUGUUGGUACAACAUAUUCGUCGUUUCAUAAUGGCUGUAAGAGAAGUGCUGAAGAUCUAAUGAAACCAACUCAACAUAUUGACAAGGUAAUGCAUUCUUUAUCAAAUGAGGAAAUUCAGAAAAAUCGUUUGCGUCUAAAGACCACCAUUAUGAGUGUUAAGUGGUUAGCACUUCAAAGUUGUUCCUUUAGAGACCAUGAUGAAUCUCCAUCUUCACUGAAUCGUGGGAAUUUCAUUGAACUGGUGGAUGCAUUUAGAAAAAUGAAUAUUGAAGUAGGAAAAGUUGUAUUGGGUAAUACUCCCAAAAAUGCUACAUACACAUCUCCAGACAUUCAAAAAGAAAUUUUGAACAUUAAGGCCAACAAAGUCCGACAAAGAAUUCGUGGCGAAAUUGGGGAUGCAAAAUUUAGUAUUCUUGUUGAUGAAGCACGAGAUGAAUCUUUACAAGAACAAAUAGCCAUUAUCCUGAGUGUUAGUGACACUACCUCAUUAAAUCUUAAGAAUCAAAUUUCUGAUGUUCUUGUCCGUUUCGACCUUCAAGUGCAAAAUAUGAGAGGCCAAGGGUAUGAUGGUGCUAAUAAUAUGCGUGCUAGGGAUGUAUCAGAUAUUAAUUCAUUUUUUUCUCAUUUGGAUAGUGUUAUUAAUAUGAUUACAUCAUCUCCUAAGCGCAUCAAUGGGUUGAAAAGUGCACAAAGAAAAGAAAUUGAGCAUUUGUUGGAAAUUGGAGAACGAGAGUCCGGAAGUGGUGCUAAUCAGAUUGGUAAUUUGCAACGAGCCGGAGGUACUCGUUGGUCUUCUCAUUACAGCUCUGUAAAGAGUUUGAUUGCUAUGUAUGCUGCAACUUGUGAGGUGCUUGAGUAUCUUAGUGAUCAUUCUCCAAUGUAA